AUGCUCGCAUAUCCUACAGGAGGGGCGCUUGUCGUGGCCUUGACCUAUCCUGUUAUCUAUUACUUCCUCGACCCGAAAGGUCUUCGAAAAUACCCAAUCCCUUCGGUAGCAGCGAUUACGCCACUAUGGCAGAUGUACCACAACUGGUAUGGUGAGAAAUACAUUGCGGUCGACAAGGCACACAAACGAGUCGGCAAAGUAGUUCGGCUGGGACCAAAUCAUGUCUCGUUCUCAUCACCGCAAGCCUUCAAGGAUAUCUAUGGCCAUGGAACAACUGUCAGGAAGGACAUUUUCUAUGACAACCAAGCGGCUGGAAACCCAAACAUGGCCGAUGCCACGGAUAAAGAGGUACACAGGAACAAGAGGAGGAAUCUAGCGCACGUCUUCUCCCCCGGGAAGAUUACUGAAAUGGAGCCCCGAGUGAUGCAAGUCGUGCGCAAAUUACUUCGAGCCGUCGAGAUGAAGUCUCGGGGACUGCGCAUUGCAGACACCGACCGCUUUCCAGUCAAAGACGGAGUUUUCGACCUCCGCCCUUGGCUGAACAUGUUCUCUUACGAUGCCAUUACCAAUGUUUUCUGGUCACAGACGUACGGCUUUCUUGACCGUGGAGAUGACGAUUGCCCUGCUGAGCGCAGCGAUGGUACCAUCACCACAGUCCAUGCCAUGCACACCUUCCAUACAGGCGCGGCUCACAGCGUUCUGGUCGGCCACCUCUCACCGUUCUGGUAUGACCUUGUGCGCAAUAAAAUACUGGGUUGGACCGACCGCACCAAGUGUGGCAACACUUUCACAGACAUGGCCCGGUACCUCGCUCAUAGGCGCCUCGAGAGUCCUCCCCCAGAACCUGAUCUCUUCUCGAACCUUCCCACAAGCCCAACUGAGAAGAGAGAAACCCCUAUGUCAGACCGGGAAAUCAUUGCAGAGAGCUCAGUCAUGCUCAACGCCGGAAAUGAUACGACGCAAACUUCCUUGACCAAUAUCAUGUUCUACCUCGCGGGCCACCCAGCAGCACAGAAAAAGUUGCGUUCCAUCCUCCGCGAGAGUUUGGACCCAGAGCAGAUCCCAGUAGCGCCUUAUGAGACUCUUCGCCAUAUUUCCUAUCUGCGCGCCGUCAUAGAUGAGUCCUUCCGCAUGCAGGCGCCGCUUGGUACGGGCCUACCGCGGUUGACGACCAAGCCGAUAGUGAUAGACGGCGAGUCGAUUCCUGCCGGGGUGACGGUGUCAGCACAAACGUGGAGUCUCCAUCGUCGGGAAGACCUCUUCCGCCAUGCCAAUGAAUGGAUUCCGGAGCGGUGGCUGCCAUAUUGGGAGGAGUCGACAGAAACAGAGCGCCAAAACCUGAAGGAAUACGUGCUUCCGUUUAGUCUGGGGCCGAGGGCGUGCAUCGGACGAAACUUGGCAUACAUGGAGAUAAGUAUCUGCAUUGCUGCGUUGGUUCUGGCGUUCGAGUGGGAACUGCCGGAGAAAGGGCAAGUUUUGAGGCAUCAUGAACGAUUCAACUGCAAUCCCAUCGAACUGCCAAUACGGGCAAAGUAUCUACUAUGA